AAAGAGAAAGAGAGCGUGCAGCAAAGAGAGAAAUGCGUGUGCGUCUGCCGAAGUCUGUGUGCAUUCUGUUGAUCAGUGUCCAGCCUGUUUCCAGAGGAAUUGGGCUCGUUAUCUCGCGUAGCAGUUUAAAGUAGCGGCCGCGUCGCAGUGGGGACAACAUCGUCGACACAUACCCUGAUGUUACGCUUGUGUGGCGCAUUACUGUCAGGAUCGUGCCGUCGUGUCUCAAGUCCGCGGUGUCGGAGCGCAGGGACCGAACGAGCAGUGCUAUUCACGUGAGAUGUCAGCGCCCGCCAGCAAUGUGCAGUCCAACGACGGAUCGAAGAACUACAUCCAUUUCAGCGGCUACCAACGUUUGCAUGGUGCCGCGAACCAUUCCUUACAGCCUGCUAGGUACAGGAUGCACGCUCUGCGCUACAGUGCUACUGCCUUGCGGACUGUCGGCCUCGUGUUACUGUACUACUGCUUCUCCAUCGGUAUAACUUUCUACCAGAAAUGGUUUAUCAAGGAGUUCCGGUUCCCCCUGACUGUGGUCAUCUGCCACCUGGUGGUGAAGUUUGUGCUGUCAGGGUUGUUACGGUUGGCAUACCAGGUUUUCACUGGGCAGCCACGCAUUCUGCUCAGCUGGGUAGUCUAUAUCAAGCAGUUGGCCAUCACAGGAGUGGCCAGUGCACUGGACAUUGGCUUCUCUAACUGGAGCUUCGAAUUUAUCACUGUGUCACUGUACACAAUGACGAAAUCUACCUGCAUUAUAUUUAUCUUAGGCUUCUCCCUGGUUUUUGGACUUGAGCGCAGGCGAUGUUCCCUUGUGUUCAUUGUACUUCUAAUAGCACUCGGACUUUUCAUGUUCACCUACCAGUCAACACAGUUCAACACGGAAGGCUUCUUGCUUGUUCUUAGUGCCUCAUUUCUUGCUGGGCUCCGUUGGACCCUUGCUCAACUUGUGAUGCAACGCAAAGAAGUCGGUUUAGGUAAUCCAAUUGACAUGAUCUUCCAUGUCCAGCCAUGGAUGAUUCUUGGCCUUCUUCCACUGGCCAUAGCAUUUGAAGGAAUUCCAAUUGCGACUUCAGAGAAAGUGUUCCGCUUUCGUGAUGCUGAAGUCGUGCUGCGCACGUGCAAGUACGUCCUGGCAGGCUCCUUGCUCGCCUUUUUGAUGGAGCUGAGCGAGUACCUGCUGCUCACAUACACUUCCAGUCUGACACUCUCCAUUGCUGGCAUUAUAAAGGAAGUUUGCACGCUGUACCUGGCUGUCAAAUACAGUGGAGAUGAGAUGAGCUCAAUGAAUGUGUUGGGCUUAAUCAUCUGCCUUUUGGGCAUUGCACUGCACAUUGUUGUCAAGUCACUCAACACUAAUGGGCUGGGGCUCGAUUCCAUCAUGCGAGUCACGUGCAUGCUUCUUCCUGGAUCGCUUCUUCCGCUUUUAACAUGCAGAAAGCGGAAGAGGAUACCGUUUACGAGCGUAUGGGGUCAGAGCAAAAUCUGCUGAAUGCAGGCAAUGAAGUUGGUGAAAACAGCGAUGAAGAAGUUUGUCACUUUGAAAUGCAGCCACUGACAAGAAGACAGCAGGCUCAGCGAAUGGGCUUAUGAUCAGCCAGAUGCUGCAAGCCUGCAUUGAAACAUUGUGUGCCCAACUGCUGAAGCUCUGUAGUGGCCUGCAUUUUGCAGGUGCACUGAACACUGGAAUAUUCUGCCAGCAGCCAAUGGGAUCAACACAUGUAGGGAGGGAAACAAGACUGUGUUUAUAUUUUAAGAUUUCGCAAAUAUUGUAUGUCUUACCUGUUCUUGUGCUUGCAUUUUUUUUUUUCUGUAGUCCUUAAACUUGUGUGUUUUUCUUCAUUAGUAUGGGAACACAAUUCGUGAGCACACUGGGCAUAACUAAUGUAUAGAAAAGCAUCCAAUGACUCUAUGACAUUGCUACCAUACAUGGCAUGCCAUGUAGCAAAAGCUGAGCUUUAUAAAAAUGUCCAUUAUGUGUUUGUCCUGACACCGUCUUUGUUUUGACAGAUGUGUGAAUUCAGAACUGGUAAUCAAAUUGGUGAUUAGUGUUUCUGCUGAGGUUCGGCAAGGGCCUCGAUAUCUUUUUAAUGUUCUUUUUUUUUUUUUGCUCUCCCUGUAUUUUUUUCCUACACUGUAAAGAGAAUGCAUAAGUUGUAAACAAAGCUGAAAAAUCUUUUUUUUUUUUGUCUUUUUUUCAUACUUCAUAAUAACAGCAGCAGCAACAUGGACAUAGCCGCAUCUAAACAUGUGAUGUUCAUAUCUGGUGCUCAUGCUACUGACAUCUUGAAUCUUUCUCUAUUGGUGCCUUGUCAAGACUUUUGUGACUAUCGUGUAGUUGAUGCGGCCUGUGUGUCAACAUCUGUGUGCUUCUGGCUGAAAAGGAUUUUGCUCUUUCAACUGACUGAGAUGUUGAUUAGUGAAGUUACCAUGAACUAAUGCUAUAAUUAUAAUUAAUGUAGUCUUAUACACCACUACCAGAUGUGUCAGAAAUGCCCAAUGUCAGCAGCAAAAGUCCUGGGCGUUUGUUCACUUCAACUGAAUGGCUUGAUUUUUUUAAUUAUGUCAAGGUUUCAUGUGACAGGCUGUGUGCUAAUGCCAUGUACUGUUCUUCAUUACAAGAAGAGGUUCUCUUGUCUCGAAGGAAGUAGCUUCGCUGUGUAAUGUAGUCCUGUCUUGGACACCGGUGUUGGUUUCGGAAAAGUCAUGCUACACAGCAGUUUGUUUAGUGCACUGUACAGAAAGUAUGGUAUGAUAAAUAUUCGUGGCAGCCUGCUAUUGGUGUUUGUGCUGCCUCAGAGAUGCGCUGUAAUAGUCAUUAUUUGUAUUUUUUUUCGGAAAACCUAGAACUAGUAAUAUCGGACCAUUAAACAUGAUGCACAUUGCUUCUAGCAGUGUGUGUCAAUUUUUUUUUCUAAAACUGAAAGCAAUAUUUGUUGAGAGGUAAAUAUGCACAAAUCUAUGCUAGUCCUUGUAAACACUAGUCUUAUAGGGCUGAAGACAAGACAUGAGCGUUAAAAAUUUGUACAGAUGCAUGCUAUUCCUGUUAAUAUGUCUUUAGUUGUACAUACUGCCAGUUUUUCAGGAUGCCAAAUAUGUGCGAGUAUGAGCUCACCUGUAUGGCACCUGUAAGGCAAGAUUCACCCCCACUCCCCUAUUAAUCUUUCUUUUUAAUAAAUAAGGACAUAUGGCAAGGUUCCUCACCCCUUUUUAUCCUUUUACUAAGUUGUACUAUAACGCAACUUUACUACAUCUUAAAACUUGUCACCAACCAGACAGGCUUCUUUGCAGAUGCAGCCAUUACUUGACAUCUUGGGAACUGCACAAAGAACAAUACUAGCCAUGGCAUACAUAAGCUGUGCUCGUGUUUGUCGUGCCUAGUAUUAUGUACCAACAAAGUCAGUUUAAAACCCUUCUGCAACCAUUACUCUUCUAUAAGGCAGGUCACAGACUGCAGGCAACUGUGCUGCAGUGUUUAUAUAGCAAGAUAAUUUAAUUAAAUUUACGCAUGUUUAUUUCCUAUGAGAACGAAAGGAAUCAAGUCAGCAUUUCUAUUUUGCUUUAUAGAUAUUCUAUUUUGUGUUCUAGUGUGGUGGUUGGAAAAUGCGAUACAUGCUGCAUUCCGCUGAUGUUUUUCUUUAUGUGUGUGUGCCCUGAAAUACUUUAUUUUUUCUAGCAAUAAAGCAAUGAAUGUGGGAGAAACUGCA